UGGAUCAGGAAGUGGGCAGAGUCGGAGCAGGGAUCCCGAUCAGGGCUUAACGUAAACGGCCGUCUUUAUUCGAUCGGUCCGCCUUUUCACCGUUCUCACCUUUAACAUCCAGGUUACAUGCUGCCAGAUUUUCCUGCUGGUCGAGGUAGGCGCUUUCUUUUUCCGCAUUAUAUCGCUUUGCUGCACCAGCUAUGACUUCGCUCACGCAGAGGACCUCGGGCCUCGUCCAGCGGAGGACCGAGGCCAUUCGCAGUGCCGCCGCCGACAAGGAGAAGGAGUCCGGCGGGGAGGAGGAUGAGGCGCGCCGCGGGGAGGAGGAGGACGACGACAAGGGGGACUCGAAGGAAACCAGGCUCACACUGAUGGAGGAAGUGCUGCUGCUGGGCCUCAAGGAUCGAGAGGGAUACACGUCUUUCUGGAACGACUGUAUAUCUUCCGGGCUUCGCGGCUGUAUGCUUGUCGAGCUGGCCCUUAGAGGGAGGCUACAGCUGGAGCCCUGCGGGGUGAGGAGGAAAGGCCUGCUCUCAAGGAAGGUGAUGUGCAAGUCAGAUGCCCCGACAGGAGAUGUGCUCCUGGAUGAGGCCUUGAAGCACAUUAAAGAAACCCAGCCUACUGAGACUGUCCAAAGCUGGAUAGAGCUGCUGAGUGGAGAGACCUGGAAUCCCCUGAAGCUGCACUACCAGCUGAGAAAUGUUAGAGAACGUCUGGCAAAAAACCUGGUAGAGAAAGGAGUUCUCACCACAGAGAAACAGAACUUCUUGCUUUUUGACAUGACUACACAUCCGCUCACCAACAGUUCCAUCAAACAGCGCCUCGUCAAGAAGGUCCAGGACUCCGUUUUGGAGAAGUGGGUCAACGAUCCCCACCGCAUGGACAAGCGGGUCCUGGCUCUAAUCCUUCUGGCCCACUCAUCCGACGUCCUAGAGAAUGCCUUCGCCCCUCUCCAAGACGACCAGUACGAACUGGGCAUGAAGAGAGUCCACACUCUGCUAGAGCUGGAGCCGGAGAAAGAGAGCACGAAGCCCAACGCCAAUGAACUUAUGUGGGCUGUGGUGGCGGCAUUUACUAAAUGAAAACACCUGACUGGUUGGACGGGACGAUCUGGCUAUGGUCUGUGUUAUUUAAUUGGUUGAAGGACUUCACAUAAUGAGACAGACUUCACUUUAAUGAGACAAUCUAUUUUGGUUGGGGAGCCUGUACAGGCCUGUACAUCUAUUCCGGAUGACGUUUUGGUGGUAGUGCGUAUUAACCCAGUGCAAUCUGAUUGGUGGUGGGCUUCACCAAGUAACACACGGUUGGUUUGGAACGGUCUCUGAAUGAAAAAUGACUGGCUGCUUUCACACAGUGAGGUAAGUGACCUGCCACUACAAGUCUGGAUAUGCUUCUUAACAUCGACACUACAAGCAGAUGGGCUUCUGAUAACGUUAGAUGGCAUCAAAGAACAAAGCAGGUGACGGCAGUGGUCAUGGUGAAUAUGAAGAUUUUGACUGGGGCCAAGUUUCCCUUCUACACUAAGGAAACAUCGUCUCUCCAUUACUACAACACCUGGCCAGAGUCAAACCCUGGUCUCCACACUAUUCCCCGUGCUUAUGCGAGGAUAAAGGAUAGCAAAUCACACGGCUGUUGGCACUCACUUUGGCGCUCUUGCACUCCCGCAGGUCUCCUGCUUCCACCUAUUCAUUCCCACUUGUGUUGGGAAUUUCAUGCUUAUGGAUACUGUUAGAACACACUGCCUGAAUGUUUUACAGAUUCUCUCUGUCUUUUCGUUAAAUUCACUUUUCUCCUCAUUGCAUUUUGAGGAGGAAAGAGACAAAUCAAUGCUUGAGUUCAGUUCUGGCAUCAUCACGAGUGAGCUGGGUGAUUUGGCCCUCAGACUGACCCAAAUGAAGAAUUAAACCACGAGUCAACAAAAGUCUUUUAUCUUAUUAGUUUGCUGUUUUUGCUAGGGUCCAUUCUGUGUUCAUAAAAUGAGACUAGUCUUCCAUUUCUAUUUAUGUUGCUAAUCAGUGCUUGGACUAGUCUGCCAUUUAUCAGCUAUUUUGCACAAUAGCCCUGUAGGUAGGAUAGUAUUUAUAGGGAUUUUUCUUGGGUUGAGUGACCCAGUUAUGAAGAUGGGAUUGAAAAUUGUGAACCUUAGAAUUAAUGGUUUAAAAUUAAAGAAAAAAAAGAUAUCACUUCAUUUUUUUCUACAUCUAUUGAUCUCUCUAUUGAUGAUGAAUACCUUAAAAUCAUUCCUUUGGACAUAUAAAAAGCUUCUCUUAUUUUUAAAUGUGACAUGUAAAGAUGUGGCACAAACAAUGACUGAAUCUGCUCAGAUCUGGAUCUCUGUGAACUGCCCACACAAGAUUUACAAUAUGAUCAUCAGCAGCGCUGGGGAUUGUUGGCCUAACGGGGCUAAUUUCAGUUUAGAAAUGCUAAAGGGUCGAUUCAUCCAUAUUAUAUGUUUUAAAAAAUAUAUUUUCUCAGGUAAUACUAGUGCUAGCUAGCCUUGCUGGUAGUUUGGUUAUAUUUAGGUUUUUAGACACCUGCCUCUGACACAUUUGCUUCUAUCCUAAUGUAACGAGGGCGAAACAAAUUUCCUGUUAAGAUGCUCAUCAGCAGUCCACAAACUUUAAUGUAUACUGUUUUCCUUGGAGUUGCUUUCUGAUGAAGAAAUCACCCCCAGCGAAAAUUAUUAACAGUAUGUGGAUUAUUGUCACAGAGUAACAGUAGAGGUAAGUGAGAAAAUGUAUUUUGUAAUCUGGGUGAACAGAGUCUUUAAGUUUCACUCUUGCAAUUUAAUGUAUCUCUCGGUUUGUGUGUCACGUCAUAUUUAGAUGCUAUUUCUAUGGAACAGGCCCGUGUUGGCAUGUUGUAUUGUGUCAUACAUCCACAUGACUGGUAGGGUUACUUGGGCCCCAUAUGAAUCCUUGUUGAAGACUGAAACCAUUGAACAACAACAUGCAGUCCCUCGGAACAAACAUGCUUUAGUGCAGGUCUGAGAAAACUUCUGUUUGACUACCCAUGAUUGUAAAACAUCAUUCUGGUCUGAUCGGUGUGAUCUGUGUAUGAAGUUACAUCACGUAUUGUUUCAUACUUAUAGUUCUGUCUUUUUUUUUUUUUUCUAACUACAAAAUACCUGUAGGUAUGAAGAACUGUUGAUCUGUUUACAGCAAAGAGACAUGCAUGCUAUCGGUGGAGGGCUAGGGAACUUUGGAUGUAGCUUCAGAGAAAAGGCUUGUAUGUAAUUAUUAGUCAUUUUAUGUGUACGAUCUAAUGGAAUUCAAUGAAAGGGAUCUUCUCUCCUAUCCUCUAUAGUUCUGUAUGCUUUUGUAUUACCACACGAAAUAAAAUAAGGAUCCUUUAAGUGCCU